ACGGGUUCUUCCCUAUGCACCUCACUGUCUCUCAGAUAAUUGUUGUUCCUUUCCUCCGCACAUAAAACCGACGCCGUUUGCUUUCUUCCUGGGAAUUUUAAUCUAGAUCCCUUUUACCCCAUAACAAUCAAACUCAGCGAAAUGCAGCAGCAGAAGUACGGUUUGCAGCUGAGGGUAAAACCACAGCAGCAGGCGAAAAAGCCACCACUUCCUACCAAACCCCUUUUGUUUGGCCAGGAUGAGGAUGAUGAUAAUGUUGAAAAGGAGAUUUCACGCCACGCUUCCAAGAAUAAGUCUCUCAAGGAUAUUGAGGAGAUGCAUAAGAAAGCAUUAGAAGAGGACCCUUCGGCAUUUGAUUAUGAUGGAGUUUAUGACGACAUGAAGCAGAAAGUUGCUCAACCACGCCACCAAGAUCGCCAAGAACGUAAGCCUAAAUAUAUUGAAGCAUUGAUGAAGAAAGCAGAAAUACGGCAGCGAGAACAUGAGAUUAUAUAUGAGAAAAAACUCACUAAAGAAAGAACCAAGGAUGAUCACCUCUAUGCAGACAAGGAUAAAUUUGUCACGAGUGCUUAUAAAAAGAAACUUGCCGAGCAGGCGAAAUGGAUGGAAGAAGAGCGUCUGCGACAACUUAAAGAGGAGAAGGACGAUGUUACCAAGAAAAGUGAUUUGAGUGACUUCUACUUCAAUCUUGGGAAAAAUGUUGCAUUUGGUGCAAAAGAAAUAGAUUCAAGGAAGCAAGAGAAACAAACUGAACUAAGGAAGUCAGAGAAGUUGGAUGACGAAGCUGCAGGUAGUACAUCAGGCAGAGGUCGUCCAUUGCCAGACUCAAAGUCAAUUAUGGAGUCUUCCAGGGUGAACGAAGAACAUCAUGAUGGAACUUCUCCUGUCCCCAUUCUUCCUAGGAGAAAUUCUGAGUCCUCGGAUGUUAAUCCAGUUUCGGAGAGAAAGGUUGACACUUCAGUACAAGAAAACACUGCAACUGAAGAACCAUUGGCCAAUCAACCAAAGCAAGAUCACCAUAAAAGAAAUGAAGAUACAGUAGCUGCAGCUAAGGAACGCUUUUUAGCAAGGAAGAAGGCAAAGCAGCAGCUGUGACUGCUCUGGCCCUCUGGCAUGUAAUAUCUGUAGUGUGCUCAUCGCACUUCUGCUUUCUGUAUUUUUGGUUCCAUGCUCUGAAAGGGGGUUAAAGCUAGAUGUGCACUGCAAUGUGACAGUCUGUUAUUUGUAAUUUAAUUUUAUGAGAAAUUUGAAUUUGAAGUUGUUGGUA